AUGAGGAAACUUUCAGAUAAAUCCAGAAUGUCCAGAAUGCAGCUUCUCUACAAUAGGCAGGUCCAGGAAAACGAAGAAAUAGAGCAGCCUGUGCAGAAUGGAGAGGAAGACCGCCCUUUGGGAGGGGGCGAAGGCCACCAGCCAGCAGGAAAUAAUAGACAGGGACAGGCUCGCCGACUUGCCCCUAAUUCCCGAUGGGCCAUACCCAAGAGGCAGGUCAACGAUGGGAUGGGUGGAGAUGGAGAUGAUAUGGAAAUGUUCAUGGAGGAGAUGAGAGAAAUCAGGAGAAAACUUAGGGAGCUGCAGUUGAGGAACUGUCUGCGUAUCCUUAUGGGGGAGCUCUCUAAUCACCAUGACCAUCAUGAUGAAUUCUGCCUUAUGCCUUGA